CUUUCAGAAUAUUUGGUGGAUCGUAUUCCUUCGUAUAGACUUUGUGAUUUGCAUUUGAUCGCAAACAGUAACUUCAGCAAUAGGGCCGGCCAAUCUUAAAAGAGGACCCCAACAUCUCGUUGGAAUGUCACGAUCUUGUUGGAAUGUCACGAUCUUAUUGGAAUGACUCUGGCCCAAAAUCAGGGGGACCUGUCAGAUCGAGCAGACUCUGCCAUGCACUGGCUAACCCCAUGUUGUACACCAAUCUUAUCGUGGAUCAUGUUCAAUUGGGAGGUGGCUAAGUAUUCCUCAAUUUGUUACUCUUUAUUUGUUCCUUUAUCCGUGAAAACCAACGGACAACGGUUAGAGCAAAAGGCACAGCCGAGAAGUUGAUAGUUCAACAAACUAAAUUUUUAGUAGUACGAAUAAUAUAAUAAUGGUGACGGUGGGUUACUACUUGAGAUCAAACACCAAACUUCAAAAGGUCAUGGGCCCAUGCCAACUAUAUUCAAUUCAUUCCAUCAUUUUCUUGUUUCAGCGUAUGAUCAUGGGCGCUCCAUACCUGACAGGCUGACUCAACCACAGCCAACUUCCAAAGAUUGAGAAAUUCAAUCGAGACUUGAGCGCCCCUACCUGGCAUCAGCUUUCCAGUUCUGUUUCCAUGGAUAACGAGAAAUUGUCAAGCAAAACGGCUGGGAAACCAAUUCGAUGCAAAGCUGCGGUUUGUCGGGAGGCAGGGGAGCCUCUAGUGCUAGAGGAAAUCAUGGUGGCCCCUUCGAGUCCCUUCGAAGUACGAAUUCGGAUAAUCUGUACAUCUCUCUGUCACAGCGACAUCACCUUUUGGAAAUUGAAGGUGCCUCCUGCUUGUUUCCCCAGAAUUCUAGGCCACGAGGCGGUCGGGGUGGUGGAGAGUGUGGGUGAGAAUGUAGACGAGGUAGCAGAAGGAGAUGUUGUCAUUCCAAUCUUCUUGUCAGAUUGUGGAGAAUGUGUUGAUUGCUGUUCAAACAAGAGCAACUUAUGUUCAAAAUUCCCAUUCAAGGUCCAUCCUUGGAUGCCCAGAUAUGAGACCAGCAGGUUCACUGACCUUAAGGGAGAUGCUUUAUAUCAUUUUCUAUUUGUUUCGAGUUUUUCCGAGUACACUGUAGUUGAUAUUACCCAUGUUGUAAAGAUUGAUCCUGCAAUCCCUCCAAACAAGGCAUGUCUCUUUGGCUGUUGUAUAGCUACAGGGGUUGGUGCUGCUUGCAAAACGGCCAAUGUUGAGGCAGGAUCAACUGUUGUUAUUUUCGGGCUGGGAUCAGUUGGAUUAGCGGUUGCAAAGGGAGCAAAACUUUGUGGUGCAAAUAGAAUUAUAGGAGUGGAUGUGAACCCGGAGAAAUUUGAAAUUGGGAAAAUAUUUGGAGUCACCGAGUUUAUCAAUUCAAAAGACUGUGGGGACAAAUCUCUAAGCCAGGUAAUCGAGGAGAUAACUGGAGGUGGUGCAGAUUAUUGCUUUGAAUGUGUUGGAUUGACAUCCUUGGUACAAGAAGCCUAUGCAAGCUGCCGAAAGGGUUGGGGAAAGACCGUCGUUUUGGGAGUGGACAAGCCAGGUGCACAAUUGAGCUUCAGCUCUUUUGAUGUCCUUCAUUCUGGUAAAAUCCUUACUGGAGCCUUGUUUGGCGGAAUGAAAGCUAAAUCUGACCUUCCAGUUCUACUAAAACGUUAUAUGGACAAGGAAUUGCAGGUAGACGAGUUUAUCACUCAUGAGGUGAAGUUUGAAGACAUCAACAAAGCCUUUGAAUUACUUACGGAAGGGAAGAGCAUCCGAUGUGUGAUAUGGAUGGACAAAUGAGUGAUUUCCUGUCAUGUCACUUGGGCUAUAUUUUACUAAUAAAAGGCUUUACUUGUGCAUGUGCUCUGAUAUUGUCAUCAUUAACUGUCUGGUUUUUGUAAGAUUGAGAUCCAUAUGUAUGCUACUUUUUAAAGUUCAACGAGUUACAGUUGUCUGGAUUCAAAAUCUC